AGCCACAACAGGAAGUACGUCAAAAUUAAUGUCAUAGAAUUCAAGGCAGUACUUUCGGAGUGCUAUUCUCUAUAUCGGAACGCUAUUCGUAGUACUGACAAUACUCGAAGUGAAUAAAAGAACGCACCCCUAAUUACACCAUGGUGAAAACUAUAGCAGUUGUCAAUCUAUAGUAACGUGUGUACGUGAAAUUAAACUUAUUUUACAUAAGUAGAUGACAAAAUGCAAAUAUGGGCCGCAAAAUACCGGGAAAAAAACAUCGUGGUAUCAAGGAUUCUGAGAAGCAACGUGCUAAACGUUUUAGCUGAGUUAGAGUCAUAUAUGAACACACUGCCGAAAAAUGUAGAUGAACAAGCGAUCCCGAAAAGUCUGAAGCGUUUGAUUAAAUUAAAGGAAGCUGCGAAAAUUAGUAACGGUAUUGUGAAAAGAAAACGAAAGAAAAGAAAUGCGCUUAUCUGUGUAGGUCAGCAACAUUGUAAAUCAAAUCAUCCAGAAACAAAAUUAGAAAAAGCUACACCAGUAUUUCAACAAAGACCAGGCGAAUCUGGUAAACAAUUCUUGUACCGGGUAUCUAGAGAUACACAUGAUUUUCUUAAGCAGAUUGCAUUUGAAAAGAAAUAUGGUAUUCAAAUUGAACGUGAUUUUAACACUGGUGAAAUUCGAGGUCUAAUAAAAUGCAAACGCGAAAAAAAUGAUAUAAAAAUAUUAACAACUAAUAAGAAUAUCAAUAAGAAGAAAAAGAAGAUAACUGAAAAUUUUAAAAGUUUGACCAAAAAUGAACAAAAGCUGAAACUAUAUAUGAAGAAACAAAACAAAUUGAAAAAUCAUGAUGAGUUUGAAAGAUUGCAAGACAAAGUUGCUUUUGAUGAAAUUGCCCAUGAACCUCCUAAAUUGAAAAUCAAAAAGAAAAUGAAUGAGGAUGUAAAACCGAAGGAUUUAUUGCUGAAUUUAUUCCUAAAAAGUUCCAAAGAAGUUUUUUCUACCAAAAACAUUAAUCAAUCAAGAAAAAAGAAACAUUUACCUGAUGCAGAAAGAAGACAACUUGAGAAGCAACAGGCUGAAAUUAUUGCUAUCUAUAGACAAUUGAAGUCUCAACGAUUGGCUAAUGGAAACUGCUAGGAUGAUGUUGAUAACGCGCACACAAAUUGAACAGACCAACAGGAUCAAGCCUCUCCAAGACUUCUGGAUCACGUACACC